UACAAGGCAAUCAUGGUGCACGAGCUACUGCGCCGCAUCCCAGAGACUGUCAUUCACCGCUACGCCUGUCACGUUUGGCAGAAGCUGUUCGAGCUCCGCUGGAGCGACUCGCCACCACAAAUCAUGAAGUAUGUCAACGAAGCUCUUCGCGGUAUGUGGCACGAGGUGGCUCUCGGCGAGACUGGCAGUCUUGUCGUCCAGAACAUCUUCGAGAACUGCCUCGAGGAAGACAAGCGUCCUUGCAUCAACGAGGUCCUUGCGAGCAUCGAUGUCGUCGCCCACGGCCAGUUCGGUAACUGGUGCAUUCAGCACAUUUGCGAGCACGGCUCCAUCAUUGACCGUACUCGUGCCAUUGACCAUGUCAUACGCUUUGCUGGCGAAUAUAGCAUGGAUCAGUUCGCCUCCAAGGUCGUCGAGAAGUGCCUCAAGAUCGGUGGCAAGGAAUUCCUCGACCGCUACCUUGAGCGCAUUUGCGAGGCCCGACCAGAUCGUCCACGCAUGCCGCUCAUCGACAUCUCGGGUGAUCAAUUCGGCAACUAUCUCAUCCAGUACAUCCUCACCAACGUCGACCCCCAGCGUCGCGAAGAUGUUGCCGUCCAGAUCCGCAAGCACAUGGUCUCUCUACGUGGCUCCAAGUAUGGCUCCCGCGUUGCCAUGCUAUGCUGCAACCCUGCGGUCGCCACGCGUCCAGGUCCACCAGCAGGUCUUCCAAUGGGACGCGGCAAUGGACCCUUCGGCCACGGCAGCUUCAAUCCGGAUAUGUCACGCUCUUUCCCGGCUGAACGUGCUUAUGUUGGCCGUGGUGGUUAUGGCGGAUUCCGCUAGACUACCUCACAUCUGUUGCCAUUUGCGGAGAGAUACGGCCUUCGCCUCGCCACAGAUUCCCU